AUUUUAACAACUAAUUACACUCCGAAAAAAAAAAAAUUAUUUCCCCGUAAAAAGCAAAGGCUUCCCGGAAAACGUAGCCGAAGUUCGUUAUUGGCCGCCACUAACAGGGAACAAUGAGACCUACAGAUUUUCUUAGGGUUUUGAACAAACAGUUUCUCGGAAUCGCCGGUGACACCGCAAAUGUCAUUGCUCAGAAGCUGACAUCACCGUCUCCUCUGUCGCGUAAACCGGCGUUUAUAGAUGCAUUUAUGUACAAGAUGAAAAAGAAUCCAGAACUUCUGAAGAACAAAACCAUUUGGUCAAGGAGAUCCACUAUAUUGCCGGAGUUUGUUGAUUCUCAGGUGAAUAUUUACAAUGGGAAAACCACUAUUCGUUGUAAGAUUAGUGAGGGAAGAGUUGGUCAUAAGUUUGGUGAGUUUGCUUUAACCAGGAAACGAAAAUCUAGAGAUCAAGCUAAUGCCAAAGUUAAACUACUCAAGAAAAAGAAGUGAUUUUUAAUUGUUUUACAAAAUUGAUUUUAUGCGUAGUUUAUAGUUUAUACUCUGCGGUUGUUUAUUUGAUCAAUCUAUGGUUAUGAGAUUGUGAAUUUCAAGGUUAUAUGUUUAUGAUCAAUCUAUGGUUAUGUUGUUGUUUAUAGCUUUACAACAGUGAAGUAGAAUUUGAUCUUAUAUCAUUUUAUCCCUCCUUAAGUCUACUAUCAUUUUCUUGUUUUGGGCAUAAAGGAGGUAUGUCCUGAACAUUAGCACUCAAUUUUCAGAUCCAGUUGUCUUUAAAGGGGCUUGGUGCCAUUUGAGUUCCCUUAGCUAUGAUGUCUAUUCAUGCCCCACAUUGGUCUACUGCUGUCCUGUCUUGUUUUGUACUCCUAAGAAGCGAUACCAACACACCAGUGUAAACUCAUUGGUUUCAGAAAAAGAAAAAAACCAUUACUUACCUUUAGUGCAACACUAACAUUACAUGAAUUUCGGAAGCAUAAUCUACAUCAUAACGGGGUGGCUUUGGCAUGAUAAAUUUCAUUAGGGCGUGACACUGAAAAACAGUUUAUGGGUUGGAAAUAGUAAGAUUAAGAUAUAUGGUGAUGAAGAUCAUUGUUUUCCCUCUCAUAAAUUACAAUUAUAAAAUUUGUUUACCAGUUAGCAUUGUAAAUAUUCAUAUGAGCACUCAAGCAUGAGAGGAAGAGUAUACUUCAGUGUCAAGUGCAUUUAUUAUUUUUUUUUUUUUGAGUAAUCAAGAAACAAUAAAAGGGAGAACAAAGGGUUCUCCAAUCCUGUUUACACAAAAGGAUCUCCAAUCCUGACUACACAAAGCGGUCAAAAAACCCCCCAAAAAAAGAGAAAAUGCCAACCAAUUCUAGCUACGAAAGGAACAUUAAAGGAUCCUUAACAAAUUCGUAAAAACUAUAAUUGGACUUAGAAUUUUCUCCCAAAAAGAACCACUUCCACGCAAGCAUCUUUACAUUCCAUACCG